AAUAAAAAAAAGUUAGGUAAAUAACCCUGCAUAUUAGUUACUACUAUUAAUUAUGAUAAUGGAAUUGUAUUAAUGUUAAGUGUAUGUACUUCAAUGCAGCUGCUGUGCACUAUAUAUAACUGUGUAUGUAUAUGUAUAACUAUACAAAUAUAUAUCUUACCUACCUAGAUGUAAAAUUAGAUACACCUGGUUUUACUUUUUUUCAUGUUUUUUUUUUUUUUUUAUGCUUUCACUUUAUUGUGUGCCCUGUUGUAUGUUCCUGUAUGAAGCUCUAAGCAAGUCAUUAAGGUUAAAUAAAUUGGUAAUUCCACCUGCAGGGGGCGACUCGAGCGCAUGUUGACAUGGGCGUUGAGUCUCCUCUCUUCUCUUCUCCUCCCCUCUCCCUUUCCUUUCCUCUCCUCUCCUCCCUGUCUCCCAGCGAUGCUGCAGACUUUAUCCUCUCCAUCACGGCUCGAGCUGGAUGUGUCCCCCCUCCUUCUUGUCCUCUUCACUGCCGAGCUCCUCUCCAGCGGAUCACCUCAAUAUAAACGGACAAGGACCCCAGAUUUCAUGAAGAUCCAUCUUCCAAAUUAGGUAUGAUAUUCAACCUUGUGAUUACUGGCAUACCUGAAAGAAAUGUGAAAAUCACUUUUUAGCUCCUGCUGUGCCACUAAGACUCUCUGAUGGGUAGGCAGGGCAGACCUUUUUGUAAGUGAUGCCAUGGAUGAUUGAUUUUUAAAGUGCUCUUGAGGGUGCUGUAAACUCAGAGCUGUUUCCAAAAUGUGCGAGCGUGGAGAGCCCUUCACUGAGGGGGAGUUGAGGAAUAACAACCAGCAGGGUGGUGUGCUUGCUGAUGGUGACGCCAACGCCAAUGAAAUCCGGACGGAGGAUGGUGGGAGGAUGGGCGAUACCCUGUCGGGACUGAUGACUGAAACAGCAGAGCAGGACAAAAUCAUCAUCUGGGGUACAGACUCCCAGUGUGACGACCCCGAACUAGCUGAGUUCGAGAUGCUGGAAUGUCAGGAGCUGGAGGCGUACCUUGUUGAGGAUGAAGAGGAUUUUGUUGGGCUCACAGACCGGAAGGAGCUUCUUGAACAGCCUUCAUUGUGCAACAAAGCAGCAGCAGACCAGGCAGCAGAUAAUAAGAGCAGGGAAGAGAAGAAGUCCUUUCUUCAUGGCGCCAGUGAGCAGGAAUCAAAUGCCUCUCAUGUCUCAGAGAGCUCUGACACUGAUGUGUUUGUAUCCUGUCUGUCCACCAUUUCAAGCAUGGCCACUGCUAUGGACACUGUUGGCAGGACCCAGACGACAGACUCCUGGCACGUAGCCUCUGGUCCCUACUCAACCGUCUCAGAAGACCUGACUCUGGCUUCUCAGACUUGCAACACUGUCUCUGAGAAAGUCAAGGCUUCUCAACAAGCUGAUCAUCCAUCCCUUUCCUCUAGAAAAAGCACAAUACCCCAGAAAGGUGUGGACAUUAAUUUGAAUUCAACAGUUCACUCUGAGGAUGUUGUAUCGCAAGCACAAGUGAGUAAUGGAGUUGUUCCAUGUAAGGAGGUCACUGAUGAGCAGAGGAAGAACAAUACCCAGAUAAAUAAAUCAGGUAGCACCUUUUCAGAGGAAGAUUGUGAUCAAGGGAGGAGUACUAAGCACGAGGCUUUACCCACUGCAGAAAAAUCACAUGAAGAAAGCAACACUAAAAUGGAUAAAAGCACACAAGCUGAUGAUGCCCCUGAUGUGCACUACAGUCCAUCCAAAACAGCUACAAAGGAGACUCAGUCAUCACUUCAGUCCAAAGCCAUAAAGAAACAAGGAUCAUUUGAUAGCACAUUGAAAAAACAAAACUCUUUUGACAAGUCUUUUAAAAAGCAGCCCUCAUUUGAGAAUACUUUAAAGAAGCAGCUCUCUUUUGAUAACAGUUUAAAAAAGCAGGGCUCUUUUGAGAACUCUGUCACCUCCAGCUCUUCAAGUUUGGAGAGGAGGAAGCCAUGGGGAAGCCCUAGUAGACCAGCAACUCCUUCUUCCUCUAAAACUACCUCCUGUUCGCCCAAGAGACGACCCCCUGGUUCUCCAGCCAAGGUCCAGGGCAUCAGGGCACUGAGCUUGGAGCGUAGCGACUCCCCUCACAGAGGUUUAACUCAAACAGUCAAGCCACUGAGUAAGAGUUUGCUGAGCAGUGGCAUCCCCAAACCUGUCACGCAUCAGCAGAAAGAACCUGAGCCCAGGAGGUCUUCUUCUCCCCAGAAGCCCAAAAACGUCCGACCAAAAAUCAUCACCUAUGUUCGGGCGAGUCCUCAAGCAAAACCGCACACAGAUGCCCCACAUGAAGCCUCUGCACACCCACCAAGAUUAUCCUCUUACUCCAGCCCACCAGCUCAUAAAGAUCCAAAGGUCGGUCAUCAACCAAAAUCCACACCGGUGCUAUGUUCCUCCAAUCUGCUGUUUGACAAAUAUCGACAGGAGAUGCAGAAGGCUGGGUGCUAUCCCCCGGGCAUGUCUGUGACUGGGGUGAAACCUCCAAGCAGCACUAUCCCUCAAAGGCUGAGCGGGAAGUCGGACAGCUUUCAUGAAGAGGUGCCAGAGAAAUAUCUCCAAGAGGUGAGAAAAUUACUUUUGAUUUCACAUGACACAACUGGAUAUCACCGCUCACCCAGAGCUCUGAGGCCUCAGCUGGGGUUAGGGGCCGUCACCAGGCAGCCUGCAGCCAAGACAAGAGUUCAGCAAACAGGUCAAAGGUCAGCCUUGGCCCCGAGCCAGUCAGCUCAGUCAGCUGGAGCAUCCACGCAGAGCCACCAGGACUCUGCAGGAGAGCAAAAGAGGUCAGGUCCAGAAACCACCCCCAAGAGCCUCCUGCUCAAACCAGGCCAGUCUGGUCUGCGUCCUCCAGGCUUCUCUGCCCUGCCAGCUGCCCGUCUGGCUGCCUUUGGCUUCGUCCGGAGCUCCAGUGUCUCGUCUGUGUCCAGCAACCAGUCAAAUGACAGCAGUCACAGUGAUCCCUGUCGACCCUCUCAGCAUCCCAGCAGCGGCAGCGAUGACAUGCCCCUACACAAAGCCACGCAGCCCCCGGCUGAAGCCUCCCAUGCUCAGAGCCGGCCCCAGCCUCCCAACGCCCCGAGCCUCCAGCGCCGCACUGUGCCCCCACAGCGCUCCUCCCCACUGGCCUCUAGGAGAGAGAUGGCAAGGGACACAGAGACUGUAAUGGCACCGAAGUCCUCCCCUAAAAGAUUUGCAGUGGUUUCGCCCAAGCCACAGUCCCCUGUCCGGGGGCGCAUGGCGGCGGUUCACGGUUCAGUUCGGACUGACAGGGCCCAGGAGUCGGACCGGGCUCUGAUCCAGCAGCUGCGUGAGCGCUGUGAGCAGCAGGCCCUGCAGCUACAGAGCCUUCAGGCCCAGUUAAAGAAGGCCUCCCUGUGCCUGGAUGUUUUCAGCAUCACUACCCAGCACUUCUGUCACAAGAGUGAGAGCGCCAUUGUGAAAGAGAGGGAACUGUCCCUGGAGCUCGCCAGAAUCAGGGAUGAAGUGGCUUGCAGUGUUGCACACUGGGAGCAACUGCAGCAGGAGAAGGAGGAACUGGAGCGUCGUUUCGAGGCUGAGCUGCGGGGAUUGCGGGCUCAGCAGCAGAGGGAGCUUGGUGCGCUGGAGGAGCGGCUGAAGGCGCAGCACGUGACCGAGACUGGAAGCCUGCAGGCUCAGCAGCGAGCCGAGUUGCAGGAGCUACGGGUCAAACAGCAAGAGCAGAUUGAGGAGAUGAGUGAGAACCAUGAGGCGUCCUUGAUGGAGAUGGAGACGGCUCACAAUGACACGCUGGCCACUCUGCAGGAGGAGCAUGCCAGGACUGUGAAGAAUUUGAAGAUGGCCCAUGAGCAGCAGAGGAAGUCUCUGGAAGAAGAGUUUGAGAAGAUCAGACUGUCACUGCAGGAUCAGGUGGACACGCUGACGUUUCAGAAUCGUAGUCUGAGAGACCGAGCCAAGCGAUUCGAGGAGGCUCUUCGCAAGAGCACAGAUGAGCAGAUAGUGGAUGCUUUGGCACCAUAUAAACACAUUGAGGAGGACCUGAAGAGUCUAAAAGAAGUUCUGGAGAUGAAGAAUCAACAGAUUCAUCAGCAGGAGCUGAAGAUUUCAGAGCUGGAGAAAAUAGCUGAAAAGAAUGUGUACCUGGAGGAGAGACUACAAGUGUUACAGCAGCAGAACGAAGACCUGAAGGAACGAAUAGACAAGAACCUUGCUGUGUCCAGACAACUCUCUGAGGAGAACGCCAACCUGCAAGUGCACGUGGAGAAGGAGAGCAACGAGAAGAAGCGGCUGAGUCGCACCAACGAGGAACUGCUCUGGCGUCUUCAAACAGGCGAGCUGAGCCCUCGCAUGUCCCCCAGCUCCUCCCCCAUCCAUCGACCCUCCUCUGGAUCAGGCUCCCCGGCCCGCCCGCAUUCCUACCAUCAAUGACACUCUUAACGGAAGCUCUUCUAUCAAACGCUUUCUUUUAUCUGGCAUCAGCAGAAGCCCCUGAUUUAAAAAAAAAAAAAACUCUUUGUCGAAUGUUCCUCUCAUUUAAAGGGUAGGAUUUUACACAAUAUAGAUGGGUAGAACACAAAUAAGUUUGUUUCUUGGGAAGUGCCAUUCGCCCAUGUGAUGCAUUUCCAAAGUCAAACCCCAGGAAUUUUAAUCUCUGACCUAAAGAGUUGCAUUAAUGAUCACACUUCUCUGCCCUCCUCUUUUUCUAUUCCACCCGAACGCCCCACAAUUAAGACACACUGCGAUAGCGUAGCAGAUGAAGGACCUGGUCAUUGAAGACGUCAGAGAGCAGGAUCAGAGUCACAGUGCCUCAUUUCCACGUUUUUUGCCUCCAUCAACAUCUCCACCUUCUCAUCCAGCGCUCAGGAUGAUGGAUGAACGAGACAUAGAAAACAUCAAAAGUGCAACAAUGAACACAAGAAGCGCCUUUGCUGUCCAAUCUCUCCCACCAGCAACGGCACAAGGCAAUACUUUGGGUAAAAAUCACAAAACUACCUACAGUUAGUUACUCUCAAAGUGUGGAUUCUUCUCUGGGGCAUGUUAACAUUUUCAUGCUGAAAAAUUUCCAAUAUCAGGAGUGUAUGAAUGACUACCUAGCCAUCUAACCUCAAACCAUCCAUCCCACUUUUUCCUUAAACAGCUAGAUAUAAGCGCUGACCUGAAAUGUAUGAAAUCCAUUGAGCUGCCAACACAGUUUAGCUAUGUCAUUGACUAUAAUUUGUAAAAAACUGUACAUGUAUUGCUCUCUUUAAAGCAUGUUCUGUCUUCCAGUUAUAAUGAACUUUAUUUUAGGAUUACCUACAGUGUGACAAAAUGGAGUGGAAGGGUGAAGGGGCAACGCAAGUUACCUCUUACGUCUAAUGACGCAGAGCAGGAUUUGAUCAAAUGAAACCUGGAAAGAGAUAAGUGUAUUAUACAUUUCAAUCUAAUCUCACAUUUUUCAUGUGAGCUGAUGCCCCUCAUCUUUAGUUGCGUUAAGAACAUAUAACCAUUUCUGACAAAAUAAAAGUGCAGGAUCUGUCGAAACCACCAAAGACGAAAUCAUUAAACACAGCAGUUCAUUGUGUACCGUAUCCGCCAUAUGUCUGGAGUGAACUGCUGCUAAAUCAGCCAUAAGAGGUGCAGACAUAGCAAUUCUCAUGAAAAAGUAUUGACAUGAACACAUGUAACAACAUCUGUUCAUCAUGUUGUGUUCAUACAGUUUAACAUAUGCUCUCUUUUUCUUUCUUUAAGUGUACCUUAUCAUUGCUCUAGCAGCGAAUUGUUUUAGUUUUCUGUCUCACUAAAUGUUCUCUGUGUGUUCUGAGAUUCACCACAGAAAACCUUGAGAACAAAAUGUGAUGUGGAAAAAAAAAACAACAACUAUGGCUUCCAGACUUUGAUCCUCCAUGUGUACUUCCAAUUGACUUUGAAAAAAAAAAAAAAACUAAAUUUGAUAAAGCUGCAAGCUGUUACCUCAUUUCUCAUUGUAGAGAAUAAUCUCAGGUGUUGAGGAUUAUGAAUCAUCAAAGGGAAGCAACUGCCAUAACAUUUUUGUAUUACAGUAAUUGUACUCUUUUAGUUGUUGUUUUUUUUUUUUUUUAACCUGUGCUCAUGUUUGCAUAACCACAUAGCUCAACUUUGUAUAAAACCAUUUUGAUGUACAGAAUACGUACAAAAUAUUUUAAAGCGCAUAGUGCAGUCAGCAAAUAUAUAGGAAUAGAAACAGAAAUAUUGCUUUAUUAUAUGGUUUAAUAAUCAGCUCCCCAGACAUAAAAUAUGGAAAUCUGCUCAAACAGGAACUUGAUUGUAGGUGAGUUGCAUUUACUGUUCCAACAACAAGUUAUUAUGUUUAACUUGUUCGCUGGUGUUUAGUGUGUUCUGAAAGGAUGUGGAAAUGACGUUCCUCUCCAUCAGGUACUUGGAUUGCACUGAUUGCCUCUGUGUCCUAUGGACAUAACCUUGUGCUCAUUUACUGAAUGUUUGUUCGAGAAUAAGAGGUUUUGUUUACAGUUUCCAUCCAAUGUCGGAGACGGUUGGUGUGUCACGUGGAUGUCUGUACUUCUGUUGAUUGUUUACAGGACUUCUGUUGUAAAGAUUGUACUUCAGUAUUUCAGAAAUCUAUGCUCUGGAUAAGUUUAUAUGAAAGCAUGUCUUUUUAAGGUUGUUGUGCAUAUAUAUUUUUUUUGUUUGUUUGUUUUACGUUUCUUGUACAUUUCAUAUAUUUAUUUAUUUAUUUGUCCUCCUCCAGAACUGAAACUGUAGCUUAGCUGGUUAAAAUAUUGUGGUCAAUGAUGAGACACUAAUGUCUAUACUGUAUAUGUUGCACUUUGUAUUUAAGAAUUAAAUCACAGUAAGAAAAUACAUGUACAAAAGUGAUAUUUGGAGUGGAUAUACCUUUAAAUACAUAAUUAUAAUAUA